AUGAACAACUCAAGUUUAAUUCCUCUCGGAACCUUGCCAAAGGAUAUUUCAUCUCACUGGAUACCAAAAGAUUCCAACAGUUCUCACAAUGCGUCCAUUUCACAGUGUGAACAAGUCAAUAUUCCAGAAGAGAUUUUCUUAACACUUGGUAUUGUCAGUUUGGUGGAAAAUAUUCUGGUUAUCAUAGCAAUUGUUAAAAAUCAAAAUUUGCAUUCUCCGAUGUAUUAUUUUAUUUGUUGUCUGGCAGUGGCAGAUAUGUUGGUAAGUUUGAGCAAUGUGAUAGAAACAAUUGUUCUUAUUUUAAUGGAGAGGGAGAUUUUGAUAGUGCGGAAUGAUAUCCUUAGAGAAAUAGACAAUCUAAUAGAUAUGAUGAUCUGUAGCUCAAUGGUAUCCUCACUAUCCUUCCUGGGUGCCAUUGCUGCUGACAGGUACAUCACUAUAUUUUAUGCCUUACGAUAUCACACCAUUAUGACAACUCGACGUGCUGUGAUCAUCAUUGUUACAAUCUGGUUGGUCAGCAGCAUUUCAAGCAUCUUGUUCAUCAUCUACUCAGACAGUAGUGCAGUUAUCAUCUGCCUCAUUUCCUUCUUCUUUGCCAUGUUGAUUAUCAUGGGUGCCUUGUAUCUUCAUAUGUUCACUCUCGCUCGAAUCCACGCCAAGAAGAUCAUGACCCAACACAAGAAACGAACUGCUCAUCAGGCCACAAACAUGAAAGGAGCCAUUACACUGACAAUACUGCUGGGACUUUUCCUCAUUUGCUGGAGUCCUUUUUUUCUUCACCUUCUCCUCAUUAUCAUCUGCCCCAAAAAUCCCUAUUGUUUAUGUUUCACCUCUCACUUUAAGAUGUUCUUGAUACUCAUCAUUUGUAAUUCAGUCAUUGACCCUAUUAUCUAUGCCUUCAGAAGCCAGGAGCUACGCAAAACCUUAAAGGAAUUUAUUUCAUGUUCCUGGUAG